AUGGAAGCCACCUCGGUAGUAGGUGGUGGUUUGUUGUUGGUGGGUCAAUCAGAUACGACAGACUCUAAUUCUCAACUUUAUACUCAAACCGGAGGUGUAAUUGCCAUUGCUGCUCCUUUUAUUGAAACGGUUACUUCUUACAUAAACGAGCAAAUUAAAAUCAAUGAAUUAGGAGAAGUUAAUGAGGCACUUAACGAAUUGAGAAAAAAAACUCAACUAUUUUUAAAAAGAUACGACAAAGAUGAAAAUAGAGCAAUUGACAUUUCAGAACUAAUAGACGAAAGAGAAGCAUUGGCGGCAGAUUUGAGUAAAGAUAAAGAAGAAAACAACAGCAGUCAAUUGAAUAAUAUUGUUCUAGCGAUAAAAACUUUGGAAGGAGAAGUGAUUAAUUGCCGACAAGGAGUUGGAGGGAAAAAAGUAGAAGUGCAAAACCAAGAAAGGUUAUUUGAAGAAAACAUUUUAUUCCAAAAAGAAGAUUAUCAAACUAUUGAUUUAGUUGAAUAUUUUGAAGAAAGAAUGGAAAUUUCACCUAAGGGGAAAGAAGGACAGACCGGAACCGUUUUUAAUUAUAAAAUUGAUGAAGAAUUCAAAAGAGAAAAUGGUCGUUUACAAAGGAUUAAUUGUGCUUUUGGAAUAGCUUAUCGUGGUAAUUCACCGGAACAUUCUCUUCCCGCUGAUGCCAGUGGUUUAGGAACGGGUGAUGGAAGCGACAAAGCUCCACCACCACCUCCUAACCACAACAAUAGCACCAAGCAAAAAUGCGACACUUGCCCAAAGAAUAAAAAGGGACAAAAGGCAUGA